AUGCAGCGCGGCAAAAUAUUGCGGAGCAUAGUUUUCCAUCGGGCCGGGCAGGUUUGUCGGUGCCAAUGUUAAGGGGCAUUACAUGACUUUGUGCCCGUGCUUCGCGGGGUAGUUAGCAGUUUUCUCCAUUCAUUUCGGCAGGUGGCAGAUUUGCUGAAACAUGGAGGCUCUCAUCCCCGUUAUAAACAAGCUUCAGGACGUCUUUAACACAGUGGGAGCCGAUAUCAUCCAGCUUCCGCAAAUUGCAGUUGUGGGAACGCAGAGCAGCGGGAAGAGCUCCGUAUUGGAGAGCCUGGUGGGGCGAGACCUGUUGCCACGGGGAACGGGCAUCGUCACGCGCCGGCCGCUAAUCCUGCAGCUGGUGCACGUAGACCCGGAGGACCGCAGGAAGACAGGCGAAGAGAACGGAGUGGAGAGCGAAGAGUGGGGAAGAUUUCUGCACACCAAAAACAAGAUAUUCACCGACUUCGGCGAAAUCAGGCGAGAGAUCGAAAGUGAAACGGAAAGAAUAUCCGGCAAUAACAAGGGUAUCAGCGACGAGCCCAUUCACCUGAAAGUCUUCUCCCCUCAUGUGGUGAACCUCACGCUGGUGGACCUCCCCGGAAUCACGAAGGUUCCGGUGGGAGACCAGCCCAAAGACAUCGAGGUCCAGAUCAGAGAGCUCAUCCUGAAACACAUCAGCAACCCCAACUGCAUCAUCCUGGCCGUCACGGCCGCCAACACCGACAUGGCCACCUCCGAGGCGCUCAAGCUGGCCCGGGAAGUGGACCCCGACGGACGCCGGACCCUGGCCGUCGUCACCAAGCUGGACCUGAUGGACGCCGGGACGGACGCCAUGGACGUGCUGACGGGCCGGGUCGUCCCCGUCAAGCUGGGCCUCGUGGGCGUGGUCAACAGGAGCCAGUUGGACAUAAAUAAUAAGAAGUGUGUGGCCGACGCAAUUCGGGAUGAAUACGCCUUCUUGCAGAAGAAGUACCCCUCUCUCGCCAACAGAAACGGAACCAAAUAUCUCGCCCGGACGCUGAACAGGCUGCUGAUGCACCACAUCCGCGACUGCCUGCCGGAGCUGAAGACGCGGCUCAACGUGCUGGCGGCGCAGUACCAGUCGCUGCUCGCCGGCUACGGCCAGCCCGUGGGGGACAAGAGCGCCGCCCUGCUGCAGCUCGUCACCAAGUUCGCCGCCGAGUACUGCCACACCAUCGAGGGCACCGCCAAGUACAUCGAGACCGCUGAGCUGUGCGGCGGGGCCAGGAUCUGCUACAUAUUCCACGAGACGUUCGGGCGGACGCUGGAAUCGGUGGACCCGCUGGGCGGCCUCACCACCAUAGACGUUCUGACGGCGAUUCGGAAUGCCACGGGCCCCCGCCCGGCCCUCUUCGUGCCCGAGGUGUCCUUUGAGCUGCUGGUGAAGAGGCAGGUGAAGCGGCUGGAGGAGCCCAGUCUGCGCUGUGUGGAGCUGGUGCACGAGGAGAUGCAGAGGAUUAUACAGCACUGCAGCAACUACAGCACUCAGGAGCUGCUGCGGUUUCCGAAGCUCCACGACGCCAUCGCCGAGGUGGUGACCUCCCUCCUACGCAAGAGGCUGCCAGUGACCAACGAGAUGGUGCACAACCUGGUGGCCAUAGAGCUGGCCUACAUCAACACCAAGCACCCGGACUUCGCCGACGCCUGCGGCCUCAUGAACAGCAACAUAGAGGAGCAGAGGCGCAACCGGAUGAGGGAGCUGCCCGCGGCCGUCCCGCGCGACAAGUCUCUAAAGGGUCCCGGUGGGCCGUCGGCGCCCCCUAGCGAAGCCCCAGCUCCCGCGGAGGCGGAGGGCGCCAAGGGCGGGGCCGGAGGGGGGCCGCAGGGGGACCCGGAGGCCGGCGCGGGGACCUGGAGGGGCAUGCUGAGGAAGGGGGAGGAGGGGCUUCCCGAGGAGCGGGGCAAAGCCACGCCCCCUCGCCCCUCCAGCCCGUGGGGGGGGCACGCCAUCAACCUGCUGGACGUGCCCAUUCCAUUCACCCGGAAGCUCUCCUCUCGCGAGCAGCGUGACUGUGAGGUCAUCGAGAGGCUCAUUAAGUCCUACUUCCUCAUCGUCCGAAAAAACAUCCAGGACAGCGUGCCCAAGGCGGUGAUGCACUUCCUGGUGAACCACGUGAAGGACAGCCUGCAGAGUGAGCUGGUGGGGCAGCUGUACAAAGCAGGCCUGCUGGACGACCUGCUGACCGAGUCGGAGGACAUGGCCCAGAGACGCAACGAGGCGGCGGACAUGCUGAAGGCCCUGCAGAAAGCCAGCCAGGUGAUCGCCGAGAUCAGAGAGACGCACCUGUGGUGAACCGCCCUGGCCCCGCCCCCCUCCCCUCCUUCUCUCAAGGCCCUGCACAUCCUAUCAAGGCUCCGCCUCCUCCUGCCCAAGCCCCGCCCCCCCACCUUCCAAAGGCCCCGGAACCCCGUCCGAGAAGGCGGAGCGCCUCCGGCACCACCUGAAAUUGCACUGUCGUGAAUCGCGGCGCACCGAACGUCGUUUCAUUUCCUGUACAUAGGCUAAGAAACGAAGACUGUCGCACGUCGCACUUAGACCACGCCUCACGCCUCGCUCGCCAACGUGUUCCGUAAACGCGAUAGCGAAUUUUAAAAAACCUGCACGACUCGUCCGCUCGCUCGGGGUCCGGGUGGCGCGAAAGCGCGCCGGCGAUUCUGUUCGGAGUCCCCCAGUUCCCUCUCGCUGGAGGAUCAGGGGAAUAAAAGGAAACUGCGGGUUUUGCAUAACCGUAAAACGUUUACGCUUUUUAUUUCACGCGUCACCCCAUUUCACAACAGCCAAGUACUAUACACAGACACUCCAGCGCCAUGGAGCGGGAACGAAACAGCGAACGGAUAUGAGGAUAAAGUGCGGACUGUCGAGUUUAAUUCGCAGGUAUUUACAUCCACGUCAGGCAGUAAGUGUAGGAAUUACAGCACCUUUUAUAUACGUGGACCCUCCAUUUUGGAUCCGGGUUAAAAUCGGCCUAGUGCCCCCAUUUUGCCCUCGAGAGGAAGAUCGAGUGUCCCUGCUCCAAAGUGUCAUUUGGCAAAUGAUGCCUUUUAUGAGAGGUACUGACGGGUGGAAACAGUUGGGGUAAUAUUUUUCGAGAGCACAGACAGUGCCGGUCACUGAUACUAAUGCGGAGUCAACGUGCGUGGCCAUGGUCCAAAACCUGCAUGGUUUUAACAUGGACGCACAGCUCCAACCGAGCACCUUGAGUUUUAGUUUUUUUUUUGACAGCUCCAUAAAUUACUGCAGCUAACUCCUAGUAGGCUACUUGAGCACAGUAGAAUCUUUAGGGUACACUCGCGGUCUGCGGCCGCAGCUUGUGCUAAAACUCGUAGCUUGUGUCAGAUCGAGACGUGACUGAGCUAAAUUAAAUAAUCAAGGGCAGAGGUUGGAGCAAAAUCCUGAAAUGGAUCGGCCCUUGCUGUGCACCCAUUUUAACAGUUUUAAGGGACAUUUCACGGAACGCAUUUUCAGCCGCUGAUGCAGAGAUGGGCUGUAACUAUAACUCAGCACACACAGGCGGCCCAGGACAGAUUUCGGAAACCUCUGACUUAGAGCUGAACGUUUACACCGGUGGCCGGAAGCUCCUGACAAGGAGGGCGGAGUCCGUUUCGGGAUUCCAUGCCAACAUCUGCCCUUAGUUACAUAAUUUGCCAAAUCGGUCAUAUCAUCUUUCAUGGAUGCUAAGCUAAUUGACUGGGUUCAACGGCCUUAAUUGAACAAGACAUUUGCUGUGUGCGAGAACAACUGAACUUGGGAGGGUGUGUUCCCUCUUCAUUUUACCAGGGAAAUAAUUAUGUUGAAUUUCAGUCUUUAUCCUCUAGGUGUCACUGUAGGAGCUGAAAUUGCAGUAAUCGCGGGUCCGCUGCACAUUUUACUAUGCGAGGAAGCACGCGAACAUCCAUUAGCAUGACGUGGGCGGCUCCGUAUUUUUGACCCUCGGCAUUUUAUGUUUCCGCUGCGGGUUGUCAUUACUCUGAGGACGUUUAACUGGCAGCCAGUUUAAUCACCGAUAUGUUUUAUUAGCCUACUUUGUAUCAGCAAGGGCAACAAAACAGGUCGGACAAAGUGAAAAAAAAAAUGCUUGUCCCUUUUCCAUAGCAACAGAAGCCCCCAAGCCACCACAAGGUGGUGCGUGACCAUUUCUUUUUAUGAUACAGCAAAUUUAUAGCUUGCCAUUGUUGGUAUGUGGUUUGUAUGAUAGUAUUGUAAACAUAAUGACCGGGGAAAAUCCAAUGUAUGUGCUGGUGCUUUAUUGACAAAUGUAGGUAGAGACAGUAAAAAUGGCACAAAGUGGAUGAUG